ACUUAGCUCUAUAUCCCUACGGAGUCUGUGUCCCAAAGUUCUGAGACACCCUAUAUGAUACACUGGAGCCUAUAAAGUGGAAGUUGAGUUCAAAGUACCAUUACUAUAUUAAUACAUGAAGACUUAUCACAUCUCUUUAGUAUAUGUACAAAUUAUAUACUUGAGAAAGUUUGUUACAAUUCCUUUGACAUAAAGAACUCGAUAGUGAUCGACGUGUAAAACAUUUAAUACGCUAAUAUAUUUCAAAGAUAUAUAAAAGAUGAUCAAUACAGGAAAAUUGGCUGGUCGCACAAUUUUUAUCACAGGUGCUUCCAGAGGUAUUGGAAAAAGCAUAGCAUUAAAAGCAGCGAAAGAUGGUGCAAAUGUGGUUAUUGCUGCCAAAACUGCUGAAAAGCAUCCAAAAUUACCGGGUACCAUUUAUACAACAGCCAGUGAAAAUGUUCGCGAUGAAGCACAAGUGGUUAAUGCAGUAAAAAAUGCAGUUGAUAAAUUUGGUGGAAUAGAUAUUGUUGUAAACAAUGCGAGCGCUAUUUCUCUAACAGGUACUCUUGCAACUGAUAUGAAAAGAUAUGAUUUGAUGAAUAAUAUCAACACAAGAGGAACAUUCCUUGUAUCAAAAGUCUGUUUACCAUAUUUGAUGAAAAGUUCGAAUCCGCAUAUAGUCAAUAUAAGUCCUCCAUUGAGUAUGAAACCGAUUUGGUUCAAAAAUCAUGUUGCAUACACAAUAGCUAAAUACGGAAUGUCCAUGUGCGUGCUUGGAAUGGCUGAGGAAUUAAAACCAAAUGGAAUUGCAGUAAACGCCGUUUGGCCAAAGACAGCUAUACAUACUGCCGCAAUCGAAAUGCUAUCAGGUCCAGAUUCGAGUAAUUACAGUCGUAAACCUGAAAUCAUGGCGGAUGCUGUUUACACAUUGCUCUGCAAAGAUAGCAAAACUGUUACUGGACAAUUUUUAAUUGACGAAAAUAUAUUGAAAGGCGAGGGCAUUACAGAUUUCACAGAUUAUGCCUGCAACCCAGAAAACAAGGAUAGUUUAAUGCCAGAUUUUUUCGUAGAAGAUAAUCUUUCAAUUAUUCAAGGACAUCCAUUCACUAAAAGUCAAAUUUCUGACAAAACAAGCAGUGGUGGAAGUGGAAAGCUAGAAAGUAUAUUUAGUGUCAUUAACGCCAAUCUAAGUAGUGAAUUGGUCAGCAAAACUGGCGCUAUAUAUCAAUUCAACGUUAAAGGAGAGGAAGCUGGUGUAUAUUUUAUUGAUUUGAAAAAUGGGAAAGGUGCUACUGGAAAAGGAGAACCGAAUCAGCCAGCAGAUGCAACACUUACAAUGGAUUCACAGAAUUUCUUCGCUAUAUUUUCAGGUAAACUAAAGCCUACUGCUGCUUUCAUGUCAGGCAAAUUGAAAGUAAGCGGCAACUUACAGAAGGCAAUGAAACUGGAAAAACUGAUGACCAGUUUGAAAUCUAAAUUGUAA